GAAACUUCUCGGAGCAUCUCAUUAAGGAAUGAGAUGCUCCGAGAAGUUUCUUUCCGGCCGGUAAUUUAUGUACUCAUAAUUUCCACUAAUUCAUGAAACGGAAUCAAUAUUGCAGCACCAUGAUUGUUCGGCGUGAAAUUGCAGGGAGCAUUGAGAGUUCCGUUCCGUUGGAACUUGAUUGCGCGUCGAAUCGUUUACUCGGGAAGGUUUACUUUCGUGAAAUUUCCUGCGAGGAUUCAACGUUUCACUGUGCGCACUCAGGCAACGAUGAUUUCAAUAGUACGGAGUCCCACCCCCAUUCAAAGUGGCGUUUCUCAGGACUUUUACCGCGGUUGGUGCGAGAACGAAUUUAUCGAGAGAGAGGAUCGUACACCUGGUCAUUUCCACCCUUCAUCGAGCAGGGGCAUCAUUAGUCGAUAGUGUUACCCUAAAGCUUUCAUCGUCCUACAUAUCAUAAGGAGACAAGUUGGGAGAGAGACGUUGUUCGUUUUAAAGGGAGAAAGGUGCAGUCGGGCCUACGAAGUAGAACUCGCGAGCCCUCGAUGGCGAUGACUGCGCGCUCAGAAUCAUUGAGAAUGGAGCGAACGGAAAUGCAGUUAAGGGUGAAGCAGACAGACAAACAAACAAACAAACAAAAUGGGCCUCACACAUUAUAUUACCUGUUAGGGGAGUGAGUUGCGUUUCGUACGGUCGAGACGAAUAAGGAACACGCUUUUAGAAUUAGUCGCAGCUUCGACCUAGAUUCCGACAGCCGAUCGGGGAGCACCAUCUCACGCCUCGAACUAGUUAUCUUUUUUUCUUUGCGCUUUCUUCUACUACUUCGAGAAACUACGUACAGUGUGUGUAAAUAUCAUCGCGAUCGUCACAGCAGCAACCCCGAGAUUUAACGCCGCGGCCGAGUUCUCACACGCCUUUGCGACCGCGAACCGCAAACCGCGAUUUCGUUUGAUUCGGAUCGAGCCGGAUAGAAGAACAAGAAAGAGAACAAAAACGGGAUUCCGAGACACUCAAUUCGGCGCCUUCUUCGUUUCGCGUUUCAUCCGGCACAUCCGGUAGCUUGCACAAACAAGAGAAACAAUCCACGACUUCCAGUUUACGUGGCGAGACCGUCUCGACGUCCGGCAAGAUUUGUACUUCACUUACUUCUUCCAGUUUUAUACGAAAAUACGCGUGCGCGCGCGUGCAAGAAAAAUUAAAAAAAAAAGAAGAACAAAAAGCGGGGCAGUUCCGCGUAGGAAGAAUACGUCAUCCUCGCGCGAUUGACUUUCUUUUAUUAUCUUGCAGCACCGCUUCGUCAUCGCCGGUUUCCGCAGAUAAGUCGCUUCGCAAUCAAGUCGUGUCCUUUGAAUCUUUCCCUUAUCUGUACUGUCACCCUGCCGCGUAGAUUGCCGCAUCGUUUGCCCGCGCACGAGACAGAAACGCGAACGUAGAGACGCGUUCAUUCUCUCGCAGGCACACUAUAUCAGCACGUGCAUCAUUGCGAAAACUAUAUCAUUAACGAUCAUUAUCGCGCGAAGGGAGGAAAGGAGGGAGGUGAGAAAUUGAUUAUCCUAGUGCGUAAGGACGAGCCUGUACACUCUCUGUUAGUCGAAAAACUCAAAGACAGUGCGAAUGGGUGAUUACGGUUAUUAAAUUAAAUGUAUCAUACACAGAGCGAGUUAAUUCGCGAGACGUUAAUUACACUGUCGAGGAUCGGGACUGAUCUUUUUGCCCUUACUUUGUAAUCCGAAUUUUUCUUCAUUUACAAAUAUGCCGCAAAAUAGAGUAUGACCAGAAAUGCGCCACGAACGCAAACUAUUCCCGCGACAUGGGCAACAGUAAGUACAACAAUACAAUAAAUACCAGGGAUACCAGAAAUUAUAACGAAAUAGUAUUAUUUUCUACAUGAGUAGAGAAAGGGAACUAUGAAAAUGAUAUACUUAAUGUUACCAGCGAACGGCGGCGAGUCAAUUUAUCGUUUCAGAUUGGUAAUUGUAGUUUCAGUUCAUAUGAAAACUCUUAUAAGCAUAUUAUCAGGAUUGCAAUCAUAAAACAAUAUAAUUCGAAGUGUGUUACAUAAUCGGCGGGUAAUCGACGUCUACAAAACUAAACUAAAUAGUUGUUAAUGUACAUUGAAAGUGUACGAAAGGAAGAUAAUGUAUCCGAGAGAGAGAGAGAGAGAGAGAGAGAGAGAGAGAGAGAGAAAGAGAGGAAAGAGGUGACGAAUGAAAAUGAUUGUGUGUGAGAGAGAGGACGGAAGAAUACAUAUAAACAAAGUAACAAGAACUGCACAGCUGGGCGAUUAGAUCGUCUUGAGAAUUGAAAAUUCUAAGUCUACAAAUAUAUUUAUCUCGGAGAGAGAAAAGACAGAAACACGAUGAGACGAAAGGGGUGCGAAGUGGAAACGGACGGUGGAUGCGACGAUAAGGAAAAGCGCGCGCGCGAAAGAGCGAGAAAGAUAUAUAUAUAAAUAUAAUUAUAAAUAUAUAAAUAUAAAGAAGAUACCAAAAAGAGGUGCAAGUACGACGAGGAAUAAAAACGGAGAUAGGAAGAGGGGAAAAGGGAGACAGACAAAACGGACGAGAGAAGGUAGAAGAUGGUGGUGCAACGUAAACGGCGAACAAGUAUAUCUAUCAGUAUUUAUGCAGUAAUUUCUCUCGAGGGCUAUCGUCGCGACUUAGAUAAAUAUUAUUGCCAGCAUUUAAUGAUUUCACUCUCUUGGGUCUUCUAAUUGAAACUGCAACACUUUAAGGGUAUACAAUGGAGGGCAGGAUGGGGGAGGCAAGAGGGAGAAGGCGAUGAAGAGAGAGAAAAGAGCGAAAAUAUAUACGCGCGCGGAAGACGAACGAAGAAUCGUAGUAGAAAGGGAGAAAGAAGGAAUGACUAUCGUUGAUCGCUAUAUCAAGCAAGUAGAUGUAUAUUUAAGAGAAUAAACGAAAAAAUAAAAAAAUAAAAUACAGUAGCGUGUCGGUAUAAUAGCGUUGUAAUUGCGAGGAUGCGUCGCCGCGUCUCAUGCCCGACCAUUGGCCGCUUAUGCGAACCGAUGAGAGAGAAAGUAAGAUGGAAAGGAGAGAAAAAGAAGAGAAAGAAGAGAACUCUUCAUUAUAUACGAAGGACGAGGAUCGACUGCGUGUUGUGCGUGUACGAAUGCGUGGUACUAUGUGUCGGUACAAGAUGCAAAUCGUGUCAAUUGUAAAUCGUGCGUUCAGCCUUAAUGCGAGCCUCGUAAAUCUCGAUUCCUUCCGAAAGGAAUUAAAUGCAUUGACUAAACGAAUCAUAUUAUGUUGACGCUGCCAGCAUGAAAGAAUACCUAAACGAUAAAACGUAAGAACAAUUGAUAAUGUCAAUGUCAUUUGGUGCAAUGCAUAAUUGGUACCAAAUAGUUUUGUGACUUUAAAAGUAAUUGGAAUUAUUAAUUUCUUUCUUGUUCUAAUAGUUUCUUGUUACGUGAAUGAUAAUAGUUUAAAUUGUUGACGUAUCUAUUAAAAUAUAAUGAUGACAUUGGAUACAUAGAGAAAUAAUUUUAAGAUUAUCGAGAAAUCUAUUUAAAUUCUUUAAUUAAGGUGAAAGUGAAAUUGCAGAGUCAAUUGAUGCAUAUUUGUCCGGCUUAUCUCGAUGGAGAGGAAAGCGAUAAUAAAAGUAAACGGUAAAGUAAACCCGUCGGAAAGACUGUUAAGGCUGAACGCGCUCCAAGAAAGUAUAAGAAAAGCAGUGUACGGAUACAAAUUGACUUUAACACCAAAAAAACAAAGAUGAAUUUCUUGCAAUACGAAAAAUUAAUCCUUAGAGAUACGAAUACGUUAAUGAUUUUUCUUGAAGUCAAUCGUUCUUCACAUGAAAAAUCGGAAUGAGAUUCGUUGUGUAGACGCGCAAUGCGCCAAUCGUAAGUUAUGUUGGACGAAAUUUAGCCUUGGCUCUUUUAUUGUUGUUGGGUUUGUUAAGUUUGACGAUUUAGAAGCGAUCGCCGGGAUUUCGUUGCGGGCUACCGGAGCCCUUUAUCUUUGAUCGAGAGAAUAAAGCCGUCUGCAUUUCUCGGAUGCUUGAGCGAUUUUGUUUCUCGAUUGUUAGCCUGAUUCUGAGCUUUGUCGAGUGUAUCGACGCGAGAUAAUGUACGUAGGACUCCAGUUUCGCUUGAUUCGUUGUUGAGCGACACUUAAGUCGGUGUUAAGUCCGUGCCAGUCCGACGCGCAAGUUUACGGUACGCGAACAAGCGAUUUGUUAGCCGAUUCUAUAUAAAAAUAAAAAAGAAAGAGAAAGGGAAGAUGAAUCAACAGUAGAUAUAGUGACAAUUUCAAAGAGAUAAUACUACCGUUGUUCCGUUGAUUGUUUUCAUAGAUUUUAUUGCAUUGCGACCGCGUCGAGUCAUCCGCGAUCGGGAAGCAACGCAGCAAAAGAGGUAAUCGCUCCUUUAUUGCGGGAUUGAUUAAGUCAUCUCCGUUUCUCAAUAGGCAAGAUAACGCGCGCUACAAUGUCAGCUGUGCGUCGAUGAUUCCGUUCAACUGUAACUCGACUAAUUGUCGCCUGAGACCGAGACUGAUUGAUACCCAAUUGAUAAUAAUCAACAGAAUUAAUGACGUCCACGAGCUUAAACUCCCAUACGGAACGAAAAUACGCAAUGAACUUGAAAUUGAAAAAUUCUGCUUAUCAAAUUACUUCAGCGUGAUUUCCCUAGAUGCGUUAAUCGUACGACAAAAAUAAUUAUAUUGAUAAUAAACUGAAACAUGUAUGUACACAGAUUUAUGCAGGUGCACGAAUUUGACAAAUCCAUUUCCAGUAUACGAGAAAUUGGAGAUGUAAAAGAAAUUGCCGAUAAAUUCAUAGAGCGUAGAGUUCUAAUUUGUUGCACGAAGCUAAUUUUAUUUUGUAGAAGACACAGUGCGACGUGAGACGAUGGAAGAUUACAUUGAUCUCUCAUUGAUGGGCGUUGACUGGAGCUGCGCGUUUGUUCGAAAAGAAUGAUCGCCGAUUGCCCGUACGAAGUAGAUCAAGGGAUCAACAGAAUUCACGUAGUAACUUCGAUGGAGGUUCCCCGUAUCCCGGAAACAAGCGAUCGAUGUCGGCAGCGCGAUUUCGAUCGAUAAACUUAGUCAAUUAGAGGAUCCCUUCGAGUGCUUCGAACCGGUGGAUCGGCGACGAUCGUGAAACGCUCCGGACUAGAAAGGUAAAGAGAGAAAGAUAUAUAUAGAUAAAUAUAUAUGUAGUAUAAAUGUCGGAUAUAUACACACACACGCACGUAAUAACGAUAUAUCGACCGCUUCUGAGUCGGAUCGAUCGCGCGAGGGAGCGCACGCGACGCGGCCGCGGCUAGCCAGGACUAUUUUUCUAAGUUGCAAAGUAUAAUAAAUUAACGACGUUGUAUUAUCGUUACUAGAGUAUAUUAUAAUGUAUAUUGAUAUUUUAACUAGGCGAGAUAUUAAGAGUAUGAGAAAAUAAAAUGUUACACGAGCGAGUAAUAUAACGAGACUAUAUAUCAUAAUUAUUACAAUUACGAUUGUCGCACGAGAGAGCGACAUUCGUAAUUAGCGGAGGGGUUCGCACGUGCGGUCGGUGCGCGUGUGACGCGCGCGGCGCAUUAGAUUAAUCGAGCGCGUUUAAUCGCGCGACGAAUCGACGAAAGCGCGGGCGAGGGGGACGGGAUCGAGAGAGAGAAAGAGAGAGCGAGAGAGAGCGAGAGAGCGAGAAAGAGAGAGCGAGUGAGCAAGAAAAAGAGAAGGGGAUGAAGAAAAUUGGCGAGAAAGAAACGUUCUAGAGAUUCUCUCGAUUCGGAAGAAAGAAGCGAGAAAGGGAGAGAGUGAAAGAGAGAGAUUGAGACGAUCGUAGAGGAAUGAAUGAAUAAUCAAGGGAAUGAGUGAGUGCGAGAGUGAAUGAGCGAAGGUGAGAGCAAUGAAUAAGCGUGUGUCGUUCUUCGGCCGCGGAGAGUAAUAAGAGAAAUAAUGAAUCGUUCUGUCAGUCACCUCACCUAUAUUAUAUAAUAUCAUAAUAUGCUGCCAUACGAUAUAAAUAUAUGUCUACGGUAAGGAGUAUAUUAAUAAAACAUUACAAAUAAAUAUGUUAUAAGUAAUCGUUCCUGUGUGUUGCGUGCUUGAAUUCCCUUCGUGAGCAGUCCUCAGCGUGAAAUGCUUUCGUUAAGUCUAAUGGAGAACAUGCGCGAUAAUUACCUUGUGCUCCCACACGCACGGCACCCUCAUAAUAAGCGUUUUGAUAAGUCAAGCCGUGGCAAGUCAAGCUAGUUAACGUUCAUGACGUGAUAUUACAGACAGCAAAAGAAAUCGCGAAUAGUGGAAAUGAAUAAUAGACACCUGUUGUUAAUCUGUUAUACUUAUUCAUGCAUGCAAUUUUUCAUGCAAACGCUAUUUAAAUUGUGAAAGUAUUUAUCGAUGCAGUUAUCCCGACAUUUAUCACAGUUUAAUUGAUAUUGAAAAGUAAGAGUCGACUUUACGCGUGACUUUAGACUAAUGCAAAUGCGUAGGUACAGUAGAAACAACCGAAGCGUAAGCAAUGUACUUGCGAUUUGUAACUAGCCUACUUUCGGUUUACGUAAUUGAAUUAUGCACCGCGCGUGAGACUCACCCGGUUGGCCAGUUUUGCAGCUAAAUUUAAGCGAGGGAGCUACCUUUACCCAUCCGUAAAAUAGGUUUUUGCCUCACGUCAAGCAUGUACAUCAUAUGUAAUGUACACGUUUUCCAUUUCAUAAUAAUAUAUUAUGAGAAACAUCGCAUAAUUCAUUCAAGAGUGAAAGCGAUGCAUCGACACGCGCUCGAUAUCGCGCACGUGCGAUUUCUGCUUGCACUGGAGGUAUGACACAGUUACAUCAUAACUGGCAAACGCCAGUUAACCAGCGAAAGCGCCCUGACAUGCCAGUGUCGUCGAGAAAUGCUGAUUGAUUUUGCUUGACGAUGCUGAUUGUAAAAACAUAUUUGCACUCAACAUUGAUUGUAAAUAAGAAACAGUUUCCAAUCGCUUUAUUAAGAAACUAAUACGUUGUAUUCUUAAUUCGUUUGAUACCUUAUAUAAUAUUGGAAAAUGUUGCGUGUGAGAGCGAUGUAGAGGAAUGCGAAAAUGAGGAGAGAGAGAGAACGCGUGCGGAAUUGAAAAAAUAGAUUCGGAGUUAAAUAGUUUCUUAUCGGCGUCUAGCGAACCUAAGAAAAUGACGAGACGGUCGUUAGGCUCUGGCAAGCAGGAAGGUGAUUGCGCAAAAAGAAGGCGGCUCAUAGAAGGUGCGCUUUUGCAAUAAUUCUAUGGCUGGUAAAGUCCGCCCCGACUCGGGCCUGGCGGUAAAGGGAAACAAAAAGAGUGAACCGCGCGGAGUGCAACAGAAACGCGUGGCAUCUCGGCGAGAGAAGAAGAAGAAGAAGAAGAAAAAGACGAAGUGGAAGUGGAACAAAAGCAGGAAGCGUGGGAGAAGACAAGGGAGAAACAGGAGGAUGCAACGACCUCUGCGAAGGACACGAGCCUUCGACGACCCAGUGGCAAGAUGCAGUCAGUCAACGUUCUUCUCGUUUUGCUGGUGAUCGCCGUCACCGCAUCAAUCGCUGGAAAGUUACAGACUGUGAAACUUCUCGCGGCGCGGAAUCGCGCUAUGCUACGGCGAAUCGCCAUUAAUCGCGAGGAAAAAUCCAAAGUUUGUUACGACCUAGUCGGUUGCUUCGCGGAUCCGCCGUCACAUUUGUCGAUAAAACGGCCGCCCGAGCAUCCGAGCGAGAUCCAGACUAAAUUCUUCUUCUACACACGAGUGGACCGACGAAAUCCAGAACCGUUGCAGUACGGCGACAACUUGUGGUCCAUCGAGCACUCGCGUUUCAACGCCAGCAAGCUUCUUAAAGUCUUGAUACACGGUUACAAGGGCAGCGGCAGCGAUGCCGGCGUCGUGCUCGGAGCGAAUUUACUUCUCGACAUAGAGGACGCGAACGUCAUCAUCGUGGAUUGGACACGAGGCGCGGGCGGCAACUACGGAACCGCUGUAGCAAACAGCGAACUGGUUGGUCGACAAUUGGCUCUGAUUCUCCUGGACGUUAUCAAUUUGGGAAUCGAUCCUGUCGACAUCCAUGUGAUCGGUUUUAGUCUUGGUGCACACGUGGCCGGUUGCGCCUCGGAAGUGCUAAAGAGGAAGAAUCUGCUACUGGGUCGCAUAACAGGUCUCGAUCCGGCGUCCCCGUUCUUCAGGCACCAUCUGUUCAGGGAGAAGUCGAGGAAGCUGGAUGCCACCGACGCCCAUCUCGUUGAUGUCAUUCAUACCGAUGGCUCACAAGAUUUCGCAGACGGUUUUGGUCUACUUAAACCUAUAGGACACAUCGAUUUCUUCCCGAAUGGCGGUAGGGAGCAACCUGGGUGCACCGACGUGAAGAACUCGGUGGUGGUGAGUCAUUUGAAAGAAGAGCUAUUGGAUCGGAAUAUAGCAUGCAGCCAUCUGAGAGCUUGGCAACUCUUUGUAGAGAGCAUUCGCACGCAGAAAGGAAAGUGUAAAUUUAUCGGGUGGCCCUGUCCACAAGGUGGAAUAUCCUAUGCGAAGGGAAUGUGUUUCCCCAUGGAAUCUACCGAAUGGAAUCAAGAAAUGGGUUACGCGGCUAAUCGUGGACCUCUGGGGAUCUAUUAUCUGGCGACUAGAGCCGAAACGCCAUUUUGUGGCCAACCGCUCAGAGCAUCAGUGAUGACAUCCGAGGAUAUGUUGAAAACGUCUGGCAUAUUACUUUUCAAAGUCUUUCUCGGUAAUUCCACAACGCUCUUCAGGAUACAAUGCACAUUGCCCAAACUGAGAAAUGAAUGGAUGGUAUUUUAUAACAUCGCGGCGGCGGAAUUCGACGCUUUGCUAGGAAACACUAAAGCGAUCACUGGUAUCGUCUCGUACAAGCGCAUCGGCAAUGAUACAGAAGAAGACGCUACGCAGGAACCAGACACGGAUAUGAUACUUUUCAACAAACUUACUCUCGAGGAUCGCAAGGGUCACAGGUGGGAGUACUGCAGAACAAAUACCGCAAUCAAUGCGCAAGAGGUAUACGUGGAAUUAAAAAAGGAACAUUGCACGCCGUUGUGAUUUCUAUUUUAUUUUGAAGUAAUCAUUUUAUAUUUAAAUAAAUAAAAUAUUUGCGUGCGAA